GUAAACACGGCCCACACAGACACACACACACAGUUCCACCCCGAGUGUGUGAGCGCGCGCGCCGUGUGCUCCGUGUCUCUGCCUCAGGGACUAGAUCACCGCGGAGGAGCUGCAGCGCGUGCACCGCGGCCCCGUGACGCAAAACCUGUCAGAGCUAGAGCGUUAGCAUCAGCGGCUAACACACACAGAGCGGAUAAACACCUCGACUCAACACCGACAUUAACACUUACACACGGGCUGGAGGAGUGUGUGUGCAGCAUCGUGAACAGAGUGAUGUGAACCUGGCCUUGAAUCUCCUUUUUCUCUCUCUCUUUCACACACUCCUUCACCAUGUCAGGUAGUUACACUCCAGCUGCUGGUGGUCCUUUCUCUGCUCUCACGCCCAGCAUGUGGCCUCAGGACAUCCUCGCCAAAUACCACCAGAAAGAUCAAAAUCUGGAUUCAGAACCUCAGUAUGAUGAGUUUGGCUUCCGUAUCGACAGUGAAGAUGGGCUGGAGGCGUGUGAUUGGCUGCGUGGUGAUGGAGCUCCACAGAGAGAAGACCCCCAGCAGAGACUACGCUGGCAGGCCCACCUGGAGUUCACACAUAACCACACAGUGGGAGAUCUGACCUGGGACCUGAUCAGCCCCGCCCUCCCCCGCUCAGACCGCCUGCGGUCGCUCGUCCUCGCCGGGAUACCCCACAGCAUGAGACCCCAGUUAUGGAUGCGUCUGUCAGGAGCUCUGCAGAAGAAAAGGACUUCAGACAUUUCUUACAGAGAGAUCAUCAAGAACAGCUCUAAUGAUGAUACUACAGCAGCCAAGCAGAUAGAGAAGGAUCUCCUGCGCACCAUGCCCACUAAUGCAUGUUUCAGCACUCUGAACAGUGUGGGAGUUCCUCGUCUCAGACGGGUUCUCAGAGGACUGGCCUGGCUUUAUCCCGACAUCGGGUAUUGUCAGGGCACCGGCAUGGUGGUGUCGUGUUUGCUGCUGUUCCUGGAGGAAGAAGAUGCUCUGUGGAUGAUGUGUGCUCUGAUCGAGGAUCUGCUGCCUCCAUCCUACUUCUCCUCCACACUGCUGGGGGUCCAGACGGACCAGCGCGUCCUGCGUCAGCUCAUCAUACAGUACCUGCCCCGCCUCGACCGCCUGCUGCAGGAGCACGACAUCGAACUGUCCCUCAUUACACUGCACUGGUUCCUCACCUCCUUCGCCAGUGUGGUGGACAUCCGUGUUCUGCUCCGGAUCUGGGACCUGCUCUUCUACGAGGGUUCGAUCGUGCUGUUCCAGGUGACACUGGGCAUGCUAAAGAUCAAGGAAGAGGAGCUGGUGUCGUCAGAGAACUCUGCGUCCAUCUUCAACACGCUGUCGGACCUGCCGAGUCAGCUGGGGGACGGGGCGGUGGUCCUGGGCGAGGCGGUGAGACUGGCGGGGACACUCUCCCAGGACGCACUGGACGCUCAGAGACACAAACACCUCGCCUACAUCCUGGCUGAGGAGACACAGCUCAACUCCAACAACACACACACACUCAGCACCAGCAUCAACAAGGUGGUGCGGAGACAGAGUCUGCGCAGAAAGUCCACACUGAGCGCGCUUCUGUUCGGAGAGGACGAGGCCGAAGCGCUCAAAUCCAAAAACAUCAAACAGACCGAGCUGGUGGCGGCGCUGAGGGAAGCGAUCACACGCACUGCAGAGCACUUCCACUGCCUCGACCCCGACCACUGCACCACGGACCUGACUCCAGACUACUCCAUGGAGAGUCACCAGCGGGACCAUGAGAACUUUCUGGUGGUGUCCCGGAAUCGCAGGAGGCGGGCCAAAGCUUUACUGGAUUUUGAGCGGCAUGACGAUGACGAACUGGGAUUCAGAAAAAAUGACAUCAUCACAAUCGUGUCUCAGAAGGAUGAGCACUGCUGGGUGGGCGAGCUGAACGGCCUCAGGGGUUGGUUUCCAGCAAAAUUUGUAGAAAUCCUGGAUGAACGGAGUAAAGAGUAUUCCCUGGCAGGUGAUGACUCUGUAACAGAGGCUGUAACUGAUCUGGUUCGGGGAACGCUGUGUCCUGCUCUGAAGGCCAUUUUUCAGCACGGUCUGAAGAAGCCCUCUAUACUGGGCGGGCCCUGCCACCCCUGGCUCUUCAUCGAGGAGGCAGCGAGCCGGGAGGUGGAGAGAGACUUUAACUCUGUUUACUCCAGACUGGUUCUGUGUAAAACAUACAGGUUGGAUGAGGAUGGGAAGGUUCUCACCCCAGAGGAGCUCCUGUACAGAGCUGUACAGAGUGUUAAUAUGAGUCACGACUCCGCACACGCUCAGAUGGACGUCAAGUUCCGCUCACUCAUCUGUGUGGGAUUGAAUGAGCAGGUUCUGCACUUGUGGCUAGAGGUUCUCUGUUCCAGUAUCUCCGCAGUAGAGAAGUGGUAUCAGCCCUGGUCGUUCCUGCGCAGUCCCGGCUGGGUGCAGAUCAAGUGUGAACUCCGAGUUUUGUCCAAGUUUUCAUUCAGUCUCUCACAGGACUGUGAACUUCCUGCCAAAAAAGAGAAGUCUCCCGUUCUGAGGUCAGAAGUGGUGGACGUCUUGGUGCAGCAUCACCUCUUUAGUUGGGAUCUUUAGGAGAAGGAGCAGAGACCCCUGAAGGAGGGCGUCCAGGACAUGCUGGUCAAACAUCACCUGUUCAGCUGGGACAUCGAUGGAUAGACACAAACACACACACACAAAUAUAUAUAUAUAUAUAUAAGCUGUUUACAUGCCACUUUUGGUAUUUAAAUAAGUGUGUGUGUUGUAGUGUGUCUCUAUGACACCCCACUCACCCCCCCCCAACACACACACGCACGCAAGGUGAACACUAACACUGGAUGUAAAUGUAACAGGUGUGUCUUCUCGUCUCCUCGACCCCCCCCCCUACAGACAGGUGUGUGUGUGCUGUGUGUCAGGGUUACGGGGUCGAGUCGGGUCAGACACUUUAAUUAUAGUGAUGCUUCACCAGACUGUGUUCUAAUGGAGAACUAACAGGGCUGGAGAGCAUCUACUGUGUGUGUGUGUGUGUGUGUGUGUAUAAACACUGAUCAUGUAGAACUUAUUAAAUCUGUCAGAGCA